GUAAUCAGCGCUCACCCCCCGUAUUUUAAGAAGUUGGUUUGUUCCGAUGUUUUGUACGGAGGCUACAACAUCACCAGGAAGUGAAGGGCGGUGGUUGAGAAACGAAGCAGCGACAUUUUAGCCAAAAGUUAUCUGGUUUUGUGAGAAAGAAAAGCCUUCAAAAUGUCUAGCAAAAGGGCUAAGGGAAAGACCACCAAGAAGCGCCCUCAGCGCGCCACGUCCAAUGUCUUCGCCAUGUUUGACCAGUCCCAAAUUCAGGAAUUUAAGGAGGCCUUCAACAUGAUUGACCAGAACCGAGAUGGGUUUGUAGACAAGGAGGACCUUCACGACAUGCUUGCCUCGUUGGGGAAAAAUCCAAGCGAUGACUACCUGGAGGCCAUGAUGACGGAGGCUCCUGGACCAAUCAACUUCACCAUGUUUCUAACCAUGUUUGGAGAGAAGCUCAAUGGCACAGACCCUGAGGAUGUGAUAAGAAAUGCGUUUGCUUGCUUCGAUGAGGAGGGAACAGGUUUCAUUCAGGAGGAUUAUCUCAGAGAGCUGCUCACAACAAUGGGUGACCGGUUUACAGAUGAGGAGGUAGAUGAGCUCUUCAGGGAAGCCCCCAUUGACAAGAAGAAUAACUUCAACUACGUGGAGUUCACACGCAUCCUAAAGCAUGGUGCCAAGGAUAAGGAUGAUUAAAGAACCCACCCUGAGUAAUCCUACGAUCUCCCACCACCUUCACUCAGCCAUUAGCUAGAUCACCGUGCUGCAUGUCUCAGCUUUUUUGACGAGACCCGAUUUUUAAAUGAACCAAAGCAAUAAAUAUCCAUACUUUGCUGUGAACUUGUGGUUUUGCCAAAUGAGUUUUUCAUAUCUCAUGUAUAAAUGUAAAGUGGCAGGACUUUUGAAGCUUCAGUGGAUAGGACUCUGCAGUUGGUGAUCGUGUCUAGCUGAAUUUUCACAUUUUAUAAUAUAAAACUUUUUAAAUAAAUCCCCUUAUCAGUCUGUAUUUUGCUGACUGUUUACCAUACAUAAAUGACACAUUUUAAAAAAA